AUGGGAUUCUACGUUGAAGACCCUCUCUCUGGCUUGACAAUAGGGCAGGCCAUAUACGAGGUAGCUCUCAUCAUUGCAGUUCUGAGAUGGGUCUUGUGCUUGCUCUUCAGACUCAUCAACGACAGAAGAACAAGGUCUGAAGAUACCCCACCUGAAUCUUGUCCUCAGACGACAAGGGACAGGGACAGCACCCUUGUUCUGACCACGUUCGGGGAGAUUAAGGAGAGGCUGCCACAGACGGAGGACACGUGUGCAGUUUGUCUGAGCCAGCUGGAGGUGGAUGACGAGGUUCGGGAACUCAUGAACUGUUACCACGUGUUUCACAGAGAGUGCAUAGACCGAUGGUUGGAGCAUGAACACGAGAAUCACAACCCCACUUGUCCACUCUGCAGAGCCCCUUUGCUGAGUUCUUGCUGCCACCACAACUCUCCCACGUCCCUCCCUCCUCCUCAGCCUAGCUGGGCUGUGGAGAGACUUCUCUAUCUCUUUGGGGAUGAUUUGCUACCUUGUUAG